GACAGACAGACGGCUGGCUGGGCGGGGGCACGGCUGCAGGGGCCGCCGGACGAGCUGGGGGGAGGUGGACGGGCAGACGGAGAGGCAGACGCGUAGACGAAGAGGAGAGACAGGGAGGCGGACGAGCGCGGCAGGGAUCCACAGGUUCCGGGCGCGGGAGCCCCGGCCGAGCCCCCGUCACGGCCUCCUGCAGGGGCCCGAAGGGGACAGGCGUAGGCCUCGCCGCGGAGGCCGAGACCCCCCGCCUCCCCGCAGUCGUGCGUCCCGGGGCAGCGGGGCGACCGCACCUGCCCCAUGGCCGCCGUCGAGGCCGGGGCGCCGGCCGUGUUCGGAGCCUGGGACUACGGCGUCUUCGCGCUCAUGCUGCUGGUGUCCACGGGCAUCGGGCUGUGGGUCGGGCUGGCGGGGGGCGGGCAGCGCAGCGCCGAGGACUUCUUCACGGGCGGCCGGCGCCUGGCGGCCCUGCCCGUCGGCCUCUCGCUGUCCGCCAGCUUCAUGUCGGCGGUGCAGGUGCUGGGCGUGCCGGCCGAGGCCUACCGCUACGGCCUCAAGUUCCUCUGGAUGUGUCUGGGCCAGCUGCUCAACUCCCUGCUCACCGCCGCCUUCUUCCUGCCCGUCUUCUACCGCCUGGGCCUCACCAGCACCUACCAGUACCUGGAGCUGCGCUUCAGCCGCGCCGUGCGGCUCUGCGGGACCCUGCAGUACCUGCUGGCCACAAUGCUGUACACCGGCAUCGUGAUCUACGCCCCCGCGCUUAUCCUCAACCAAGUGACUGGGCUGGACAUCUGGGCGUCGCUCCUGUCCACCGGAGCCAUCUGCACCUUCUACACGACUGUGGGCGGCAUGAAGGCUGUGAUCUGGACUGACGUGUUCCAGGUCGUGGUGAUGCUGGCUGGCUUCUGGGUUGUCCUGGCCCGUGGGACUGUGCUCAUGGGCGGCCCCAGGCACUUGCUCCAGCUGGCCCAGAACCACUCCCGGGUCAACCUGAUGGACUUCAACCUGGACCCACGGAGUCGCUACACAUUCUGGACUUUUGUGGUGGGCGGCACGUUGGUGUGGCUCUCAAUGUACGGUGUGAACCAAGCACAGGUGCAGCGCUAUGUGGCCUGCCGCACAGAGAAGCAGGCCAAGCUGGCCCUGCUCAUCAACCAGCUGGGCUUGUUCCUGAUCGUGUGCAGCGCUGCUAGCUGUGGUAUCGUCAUGUUCACGUUCUAUAUUGACUGUGACCCUCUCCUCACGGGGCGCAUCUCUGCCCCGGACCAGUACAUGCCCCUGCUGGUGCUGGACAUCUUCAAGGACCUGCCUGGGGUGCCGGGGCUCUUCCUGGCCUGUGCCUACAGCGGCACCCUCAGCACCGCCUCCACGAGCAUCAACGCCAUGGCUGCCGUCACCGUGGAGGACCUCAUCAAACCUCGGCUGCCGAGCCUGGCGCCCCAGAGACUCAUACUCAUCUCCAAGGGGCUCUGUGAGUUGGGGGGACCUGGGUGGGGGCCAGGGGGGUCUCUCCCGCUGACCGUGCCACCCCCAUCCGCUACAGCACUCAUCUACGGCUCAGCCUGCCUCACCGUGGCGGCUCUGUCCUCGCUGCUGGGGGGCGGCGUCCUCCAGGGCUCCUUCACCGUCAUGGGAGUCGUCAGCGGCCCCCUCCUCGGAACCUUCAUCCUGGGAAUGCUCCUCCCCGCCUGCAACACGCGGGGCGUGCUCAGCGGGCUGGCCGCGGGCCUGGCGCUGUCGCUGUGGGUGGCGGUGGGCGCCGCCCUCUACCCGCCCAGCGCGCAGUCCAUGGGGGUCCUGAAGUCAUCGGCCGCCGGCUGCGCUGAGCCCCCCGCCAACGCCUCCGGCCUCCUGGGCCCGCUCCUCGCCGCCAACGCCUCCGGCGGGGCCCCCAGCCCCGGAAUGGACCCUGGUCGACCUGCCUUAGCUGACAGUUUCUACGCCAUUUCCUAUCUUUAUUAUGGUGCCCUGGGCACGCUGAGCACUGUGCUAUGUGGAGCCCUCGUCAGCUGCCUGACAGGCCCUACCAAGCGCAGUGCCCUGGGUCCUGGACUGCUGUGGUGGGACCUCACACGGCAGACGGCAUCGGUGGCCCCCAAGGAAGAAGUGGCCACCCUGGACGACACUUUGGUGAAAGGUGCUGAGGAACUGCCACCUGGAGCCAAGAGGCCUCCUGACUUCCUGCCUACUGAUGAGGACCAUCUGCUCUUCCUGGAGCAGAAGGAGGGGAAUGGAGCUGGCUCCUGGACCCCUGGCAGUGGACAUGAUGGUGGUGGUGACCUGCGGGAAACUGACCUCUGAGCCAGCCGGGGACUGCCACCUGGGAUGGAACCUCAGGGUGGGCCAAUCCAAGGCCACGGGCCAAUGACCUUGGGCUCUGAUUGGCUGGACUGUGAUGUAUGUAAACGAGCUUGGGACAGCAGGUCCCGCCCUGUGGGAAGAGGUGAAGCCCCGCCUCCAGGAGGUCAUCUAUCCAGCCCCCAGCUUCCAGCCAGCCCCUAGUCUUAGAUGCUGCACCCCUGCCUGCUUGCCGAAAACGAGGCCGAAUAUUUCUCUACCUACAAUAGAAAGAGGUUGGAGUCUCCUCUGGACAACAUGGGAAACCCCCAGGCCUAGCACGAGGGUCUAAGGAAGUCCCCAGCUCUCCCCCGGGAGGUGUCUGAACCUCAGCAAGGAUUUUGGAGGUCCUCAGGCCCGACUCCCUGCACCCCGCAUCACAGGCGGGGAAACUAAGGCCUGGAGAGGAGCAGCCAUUUGGCCAAGGUCACAGAGCAAACCAGAGACUCGUGGAGGGUUGGACCCCAGCCCUCCCUCCUCACCCCUUCCUGCUUCCCUCCUCUUGGUGUGCAGACGUCAUGGGACCUUGGGAGCAGGAGGGGAGAGGGAGGAGGAAGUAAUGCUCACAUCUUCCUCCUGGGCCUGGACACUUUCCCCGUCUCAUCCUGAGGACCGCGAACCCACUUUACAGAGGGAGAAACUGAGGAUCAGCGAGGUUGCCUGAGGUCACACAGCGAGUCGGGUCUGGGUGGGGACAGGCCUGGGUGCUGCGUGAUUAGGAGGCUCUGUUACCUUAUGUCACUGGCGACCAGGGUCAGCUGGGCCAGGCAAGCUCUCGUCCCUGGGCCCCGCCUGACCCUUGGCUGGAGACUUCAUCCAUGCAUGUGAAAUAAAUGGAUUCUGGGGCUUGAUGCUCUGUGUUCUCUGGAAAAGUCAUUCUGGCCAUUGCCUCAGAUCUGCUCAGUCAGAUCCGAGUGUGAAUCUCUGUGUCUCCUGCCCCAAGCCUGUGAGCGAAUAACCCUAUUUAAAGCAUCGGAGUGAGGUGAGCGUUCCCACCCCGGGGUGCA